UGUAUAACCAUUUUUAUUUUGAUAAAGUAGAUGUUAUUUAUAAAUACAAACAAAGAAAAACUAUUAAACAUUAAAAAAAAAGAAAAAAAAGAAAGUCGCAAGAUGAUGCCUUUAUUAGCCGUAAAAAAACCAUAUAAAAAAGUUAUUGUACUAAUAUUAGUAUUAAGUUUAUUAUACAUUUCCAUAAUUAAAAUUAUACUAAAAGAGCCAGACGAUAUCAAAAACGACAAUGUAAAAAAUGACGAAAAAUCAAAAAGAAGACACGUAAUGAGUAUAAUUUCAAGCAACGAAAACUACGCAACUUUAAAGCAUUCAGUGAACGUUCACUAUUGGUAUUACAUAUGCGGAUAUACCGUUGAAGAUCUAAGAAGUCAUCCUUUGUUUCCUUAUUUACCGUUUCAUAGAGACACUAUCGAUUCGUUACACUUUAAACGAAGCGAGUUGCAAUUUGGUGCACGCAUUUUUGGAUAUAUACAUCCGCCAAUUGAUGGUUUCUACACUUUUGCUAUUAGCUCAAAUGAUUGUUCAGAAUUUUGGUUGAGCAGUGAUACAGACCCUUUAAACUUAGAGCUUCUGGCGCAAGUUGGUGGAAGCACAGGUGGAAGCGCAGGAAAUGAAUGGUCUUACGAGAAUCAAUUUGAUAAGUACCCUCAACAAAAAUCAAUGGAAAUCCAACUUUAUGCAGGAAAAAAGUAUUUCUUUGAUGUUCUUUGGAAGCAAGAAAGAGCACACGGUCACAUUCAGGUUGUAUGGAAAAAUCCUAUUGAUAGUAAAUUCCAACCAAUUAAUGGCGAAUAUCUUUCGCGGUACUAUGAUGACACUUAUAUUGAAAGUGGUCUUGUCUACCUUGAUCAUUUAAAAAAUGACUUAAGUCUACCCGAUCUCCCGAGCCAUAUUAAAAUGUUUUCGAAGGAACAAAAUAAAAAGCUUAAAGAUCGCUCAAAACUUUAUGAAAGAGACAGUGCAGAAUUUUUAUUGCUUCCACACAUUGAUUUUAAUGAGGUGGCAGACGUUCUUUCAACGUGCGACUAUCACCCCAGCUGGAUUAUCGAGCCUAACAGUGAACAGUCAAGAAACUUAGGAGAAUAUGAGGGAGUGCAUUUACCACAUUACUACAAUAUAUCGACUCGAGUUUUUCCAAAAGAUCAAACUUGGAAUCACACAUCAGAAUGCGUGGGCGAGUCUUUAAAACCUUCACACUGCCAAGGAAACGAAGUAGAAGACAAUGAUUCUGUCAAUUGGACAGUUGACAAAUAUAUGAAAGCUCUGAGAAAAAAAUUUCAUAAUCGGUUUAAGUUGCAUUCAACUGUAAACGUUGAAAAUGCAUACGACAGCGUUAAAGGCAAUCGUUUUUUGAUCGAAUUAGCUCUUGAAGAUUUAAACGCGAUGAAUCGAAUAAAAAGAUUAUCAGUAUAUGUAUUUCGUCCACUCAACUCAGAUAAUUUGUGCUAUCCAAAAAACUUUCAAUGGAAUAAAAAUGCAAUGGUUCAUUUGAUUCUUACAGUUAAAAACCAAGGAGCCUGGGUACAACAAUACGUUGAAUCUUUAUCAAAUAUAUAUGCUAAAACUAAAGACGAAAACUUUAAUUUAAUUAUUAUAGACUUUGAAAGUUUUGACGUGAAUAUCACAGAACUAAUGAAACGCAGUAUUCUUCCUCAUUGGCAGGUUAUUACACAAUCUGGUCGAUUUCAUAAAACAUCUGCUAUUCAAAAUGCUAUUAAUUCGAUAAAGGAACAAGACAGCAUUGCUUUGCAGACAGAUUUGCAUUUGGAGUUUCCUUUAAACUUCAUUGACGACUCACGGAAGCAUUGCAUCCAAGGAAAAAUGGGUUAUACUCCACUUUUAAUGAGAUUAGCUUGUGGAAGGUACAUUCAUAAUGCUGCAGGUUUCUGGGAAGCCUUUGGAUAUGGCAUAUUUGGAAUCUAUAAGAGUGAUUGGGACUAUAUGGGAGGUAUGGAUGUUGAAAAGUUUCAAAAUAAGUGGGGAGGAGAAGAUUGGGAUUUUGCAGAUCGCGUCAUAAAAAGUGGUUUAGAAAUCGAACGUCUUAGAGUGCCAUAUUUCUUUCAUUACUUUCAUACCAAAAAAGGAAUGUGGGAUAACAGCUUUUAGAAAAACUAAUACAAAUAAAAAAAUUAAAUUUUUUUCAAACAAUGUGCUUUGGAAAGUGA